UUGUGUUGCCCCAUCACUGGGGCAAUCUCAAAUAUUCAAUUUGCAUUGGGCCACAUUUUAUACUUCAACAGCUUGCAUACAUCACACAACGUUUUUGAAAUUCGCGAAAAGGCAUAUUAUUCCUUCAUUCACAGCCUAGGAUUUCAAAAUUCUGCCAUGGACCAUCAAAACCAGACCAUUAAAAUCAUCACGAACACGGGAAACCCGGCGUCGCUGAAACCUCUUAUCGCUGCAUCUUUGUAUGGAUUUAAGGUCGCUUUGGAAAGUGUGAGUGUUUCACCUGAUGGAAAGCAACGUCCACGUCUUCCCGUUCUUGUGGCGAAUGAAAAGACAAAACUGUUUGACACAAAUGUGAUGGUGACCUACUUACUCGAGUUGGCAGGCAUUCCUCAUCCCAGUGCAAACCUUUUAAAUCUUCUCAAUUUUGAAGCACAUUCACUCUUUCCUCUUGUUCUUUCCUACUUGUUGGAAAAGGCAGACACUGAUUUUGGCGUGGGGAAAGAAUUGCUAAAUGUAUUGGUCGAGCUGGAACGAAGAUUGAAAGGGGAAAGCUUCUUUUCUGGAAAUGUUAAGCCAGAUAUUGAAGAUGCUAUUGUGUGGGCAACUCUUUAUCCAUUAUUCUCGGCAAAUGAUAAAAUUACCAAAAAGUGUCCUUUGUUACUGAAGUGGUACAUUCUCGUAGAGUCAGCAGAUUUGACUAAGGCAGCAGUAAAUCUUCUCCAACCAGUUUCCGGAAGAGAAGCUGCAAAACAAAUUCUAGUUUGUAAUCCUACUGCGUCCAUUUCCUUGUAUGGCGAAAAGAUUAAGAUGGAAAAAUUGAAACUGGACGAUCUCCCGGGUGGUGAUGCUACCUCGACAGCUGUAUCGUCAGAGGAAAUUCAACUGGCUCGAGAAUCUUGGGUUAGACCCACCCCAACUAGCGCUGUCAAGUCGAAGCGAGCCGGUCGAAUCUUGCCACUGGCUGGACAGAAAAAUUAUUUCAUUACAUCUGCUCUUCCUUAUGUUAACAAUGUUCCCCACUUGGGAACAAUAAUAGGAUGCGUAUUGUCCGCUGAUGUUUUCGCUAGAUAUUGUCGAAUCCGUGGUCGUAACACGCUUUAUAUAUGUGGAACUGACGAGUAUGGAACUGCAACUGAGACCAAAGCCUUAGAAGAAAAUUUAACACCGCAGCAAAUUUGUGACAAGUAUCACAAAUUACACAAAGAAAUCUAUGACUGGUUUGACAUCUCCUUUGACUACUUUGGAAGGACGACGACCAAGGAACAAACUGAAGUUGGACAAGAAAUCUUUCUGAAAUUAUGGAACAAUGGAUUUCUGAAGGAAAUGGUUGUCCAACAACUUUUCUGCAAUCCAUGCAAGCGAUUCUUAUCUGACCGUUUCGUCGAAGGAACUUGUCCCGCUUGUGCCUAUGAGGAUGCUCGUGGCGAUCAAUGCGACAAGUGUGGGAGACUCACAAAUUCUAUUGAGCUGAAGAAUCCUCGGUGCAAAGUUUGUGGGUCGAAAGAUGUCACCACAAAAAAUAGUGAUCAAGUAUUCUUAGAUUUGCCGAAAUUAGAAGAGAAAGUUGGUCUUGAAGAAUGGUUGAACCGUUCUAGUGAGGAAUGGACUUCGAAUGCAAGGCAUAUAGCCAAGAGCUGGAUACGUGAAGGUCUCAAGGAACGUUGCAUCACUCGAGACUUGAAAUGGGGAACACCUGUUCCGAUUGAAAAGUAUAAAGAUAAGGUGUUUUACGUGUGGUUUGAUGCGCCAAUCGGCUACAUCAGCAUGACCAAGUGUUAUACGAAGGACUAUUGGAAGGCAUGGUGGAUGAACCCGGACCCCGAGAUUGACAUUGAGUACUAUCAAUUCAUGGCCAAGGACAACGUUCCAUUCCAUUCCAUCCUGUUCCCAGCUUCUCUACGCGGAACGAAGGAUCCCUGGACCCUCGUUCGCCACAUCAUGGCAACCGAGUAUCUCAACUACGAGGACGGCAAGUUCUCCAAGAGUCGAGGCGUGGGAGUCUUUGGAAAUGAUGCGAUACAAACGGGAAUACCAGCCGACAUUUGGAGAUUUUAUUUGAUCUUUGUUCGACCUGAGAAUCAAGAUUCGGCCUUUUCAUGGGAUGACUUUAUGCUAAAAAAUAACAGCGAACUGCUGAAUAAUCUGGGCAAUUUUAUUAAUAGAUCUUUGACAUUUUUAGCCAAGUUUUUUAACAGUAAAAUUCCACCCAUGAAUUUAAAUGACGACGACUUCCGCGUUGUUGCAGAAAUCAAUAAAGAAGUCUCCGAGUAUGUGAAUUUUCUAGAAACGUGCAAGUUGAAGGAUGGACUUCGUAAAAUAUUGGCAGUGUCCAGAAUUGGCAACGUCUAUUUCCAAACACAACAACCAUGGACUCUCAACAAGAAUGACCAAGAUCUGGAGAGAUGUGGAACCAUAUGCGGUUUAGGGGCUCAAAUCGUAUUCCUUCUUAUGACACUUAUGGAACCAUUCCUUCCUGGUGUAAGUCGCCAAAUUAGAGAACAACUGAACGUUCCAAAACCCAUAUUUUCGAAACAACUCGUUCCAUUCCUGAGUGUCGGACAUGAAUUGGGAAAGGUUUCUCCACUCUUCCAAAAAUUGGAUGCUGACUUUAUUGCCGGCCUUCGGAAAAAGUACGUUGGGCAGCAGCAGCCAGUUGAAGCUUCCCCAAAAAAAGGGACCGCAAAGGCUGCACCUGCGGACUCACCUUUAAAACCGGAAUCAAAUGGAGUCCCUGGAUCUCCUGAAGAAAUUGCCGCUUUGGAAGCAGCAAUUGCCUUACAGGGGGGCGUAGUUCGAGAUUUGAAAGCGGCCAAAGCAGAUAAAGCCGCAUUACAACCAGAAAUAGAGAAACUACUCAAGCUAAAAUCAGACCUGAGUGUUAAACAAGGUGUUGACCCCAAGGCGGCUGCGGCUCCAGCGGCGUCAUCUAAAUCAAAAGGGAAGUCAAAGAAAAAGUGAUAAAGGAACCAGUGAAGCAACCACCACCUGUUAAAUCAAUAUUAUUUAUUGUUUAGAGUACAUACCCAAUGUCCAUUUCAUCCUUUUGUUGUUAUUAUUGAGUUCAAACAAACAUUAGUAUUAUUAUUCAACAGGGUGUGAUUUCGCAAAUAAAUACAAAUGAAUGAAUGAA